AUGACGGGUAUUGGGGAAGACAACCACAAGAAGCGAAAGUUGCUUGACGGCCCCGAGCUGGAGAUCGAUGUCUCUGCGCCUGAACCUCCCUCAAAAAAGGCCCUCCGUAAAGCCAAAAAGAAGGCCAGUGACACAGAUGCAAAGGCCGAUGAAGCGAAGGCCGACACAAACGUUUCAACUACAAACCAAGUUACUGAGGCUUCUCCUCAGAAACGUUCAGAUUACGGCGUCUGGAUAGGGAACCUGGCGUUUUCCGUGACCAAGGACGACAUACGCCGAUUUCUGACAACCAAUUGCUCGUUUACAGAUGCUACCAUCACUCGGAUUCAUUUGCCCAAACCGUCGGACAAGAACUCAAGGGCACAGAAUAAAGGAUUCGCCUACGUUGAUUUCUCUACACCAAAGGCCGUAGAGGAGGCAAUCGGCCUGAGCGAGCAGCUAGUUUCCGGGCGUCGUGUCCUGAUCAAAGAUGCGAAUAAUUAUAAAGGCCGGCCAGAAAAAUCGCAAGAUGGAGGAAACAACACUGCUUCUACCUCAUCAGGUCGGGCGCCAUCUAAACGUCUUUUUGUCGGCAACCUCAGCUUCGACGCGACCAAAGAAAUUCUCGAGGAACACUUCUCAAAAUGCGGCACUGUUGCCAAUGUGCACGUCGCGACCUUUCAAGAUUCUGGGAAAUGCAAGGGCUAUGCUUGGGUAGAAUUCGAGGACCUAGAAGCGGCUAAAACGGCAGAAAGAGGGUUCAAAUAUGUUACGGAAGACGAUGCGGAUGAAGAAGACCCAGCUCAAAAACCGCAGCGGAGAAAAGUAUGGUUGAACCAAAUCCUGGGACGACGCAUGAGACUCGAGUUUGCUGAAGAUGCAACAACUCGCUAUAACAAGCGGUUUGGUAAGAACGGGGAAGGGAAGAAGGGAACUGCAGAUAAUGGCGAGGCAGAGCCCGGAGAUUUCGAGGAGGUUGCAGCCGAAGAAAAGCCUCAACAGAGUAAGGCCAAAAACGCAAAGCCGGAUUACACCAGGUACGACCAGUCGACCGUGCAGAAGCUGAGUGGCGCUAUCAUAGAGGGGCAGGGCAAGAAGACAACGUUUGACUGA